AUGUUGUCUACAGUUAUACGAAGGAUGUGUACCGCUGGAGAGCAACGUUUGGUUUGGAUUGAUUGCGAGAUGACAGGGCUAAAUCAUGAAAAACAAACGUUAGUAGAAAUCGCGACGAUUGUCACUGACGGCGAUCUUAAUGUGGUUGCUGAAGGACCGGACAUCGUUAUAAACCAACCAGAAGCUGUUCUGCGAAAUAUGGAAGACUGGCCAAGGGAGACAUUCUCAAAAAACGGCCUUCUUCAGAAAAUUCGCGAGAGUACUGUUAGCCUGCGCGAAGCAGAAGAUAUGGUGCUGGAAUUCCUGAAGAGGAACACAGUUAAAGGAAGAUGUCCCCUGGCAGGAAAUAGCGUUCAUAUGGAUAGAAGAUUUAUUUCCAAGUAUAUGCCUCGACUUGAUAAACAUCUCCAUUACCGUAUUGUGGAUGUUUCUACUGUUAAAGAACUGGCUUCCAGAUGGUUUCCCGAAGAGUACGCGAAGGCACCAAUAAAAAAAGGGACUCACAGAGCUUUAGAUGAUAUACGUGAAAGCAUUGAAGAGCUACGUUUCUACCGCUCUGCGAUUUUUCGACAAUGA